AUGCUAAUGACACUGAGGACUCGCUUCUUCAAUCUCCAUCUCACUUCACUCUUACCUUCUCCAUCUCAAAGAACCCCUCCAUUUUCUCUCUCUUCCCGAACCUCUCUAUCUCAUUCAACCUUUAAGAACCCAAUUCCUAACCCUCUCUCUUCUCACCAUGUCUCAGCUACAAAGACCCCAAAACAUCUUCUCUCCGACGCCGCCAAGUUCGUCCGAACCGUCCUAUUCGUGCCACCUGGUGUGAACCCAGAUGAGGUUACAGACGACAUGAUGUUACCCGGUUCGAACAUCGUGAUCGGACCCUUUGUCGGUGACGCCAAAAUUAGAGAUGUUGAGUUUGUUAAGAGUAGUAAUCGUCCCAAGGACUGUCCCAAGGAUGACCGGCCAGAGUUUGCGAUGCUGGGCCGGUCCAAUGUUGGCAAGUCUUCAUUGAUUAAUGCUCUGGUUCGCAAGAAAGAAGUUGCUCUAACCUCCAAAAAACCAGGGAAGACUCAGCUGAUUAAUCAUUUCCUGGUUAACAAAAGUUGGUACAUUGUGGAUUUGCCUGGUUAUGGGUGAGUCUUAGUUUGUUCAAAAUUGCGACCUUUUUAUUUCUCUUCAUGGUUUAAGAAUGUGAGCUUUACAAACUUUUGGGCUUUCAGUUAUGGUAAUGAAUGUAUGGUGGUGUGUUGGACUUGGGUUUGUAGCUAAUGAUGGGUUGCUUCUUAUGUUCACUUCGUAGGGUUUUCUGUAUACGAAUGCAUUCAAGUUGUCAAUUCAGAAAACAAUCAAGUUUUAACCCCGAAGGACAGUUUUUGAAAUUAGCGAG